UAAAUGGGAAAUAGUGAAGGAAGACCGAAAUUUGAGCAUGGAGAUAUCUAUCUUCAACUUGAUCAGCCAUAUGUAAUGUCGGGAGCAACACUUACUGGGAAUGUUCAUAUUAAUCUAUCUCAGCCAUACCCUGCGAGAUCUUUAGAAAUUGGGAUAAAAGGUAAAGAGAAGGUUAAAUGGGUAAGAAGACGCAGAAAUGGAAAAAAUCGUUCAGCUCAAAGAAUCUCUAAAAGUGAUAUUCUUAUCUUCCAAAUCUUUGAAAUAUACAGGUUUGAUAACGGGGUAGCUCUCCCUGGGCAAUAUACAAUCCCUUUCAAUCUUAUAAUUCCAGGUGGUUUGCCAUCGAGUGUUUUCUAUUCAGGAAGGUCGAACUCUAAGGCUGUUAUUGAUUAUUCAAUCAAAGCAAUGAUAAGACAGCCAGAAAGUACAAGAGCUAAAGAAAUGUCAUUUAAAUCUUCAAUUAUCGUCAAAGAGAUCCCAUACGCUCAUGAGAAUAUUAGCCAGUCAAUUGAAGCUAAUAUUAUGAGCAACUGCGGGUGCACUAAUAAUGGGCCAGUCAAGUGUAGGUUUAGAUUUCCAAAGAAUUCAUAUGCUAUCAAUGAAGUUGUGACUGUUCAGUGAAGCAUUGAUAAUUCCCAAUGUAACAUGCCUAUCCAAAAUAUCAGAAUCAAAAUCAAGCAAUACGUCAAUCUCAGAAGUGACUGGCAUACUUUAAACAGAUCUUACACUAAAGCGGAACGACUUUAUGAUGGAAUUUCAGCUAAUGAAUCUACAGGAGAGUAUGCGAGAGAACUCAACCUCAACCUGAGCACUAUACCCGGAACUAUGAAUGACGGUGUCUUUCACGGGAUGUUCACCGAUCUUGAUGAGGAGCGGAAAUUGACCAAAUAUUUACAACCGUCUACAUCAGGAAAAUAUAUUACUAUUUCUUACAUUUUAUCAGUCAAGCUAAUUUACAAUAUCUCAUGUGGAGAACAGCCUGGGUGUGAGAUUCCUUUGCAUAUCCAUGCUGCAGAGUUACCUCCUAGUAACAUAAUUCAAGCUCCGGAUGGUUGGAAUCCUGUAAUAUUGGGAGGAGAUCAGCAUGGAGUUCCAAUAGAAGCUCCUGUACCUGAGAUGCUUCCAGAAGCCAAUCCUGAAGUACAGAUGGAGCUUCCCCUCCCAAUGGCAGAUUUACCCGAACACCCUGCUGCUCCACCACAAAAAAUCAUAGAAAACGAAUGAGAGGAGCCUCUUCUGAAAAAAGACGAGUUAAGUUAA